AUGGAAUCGGUUUCAUUCGACGGCGAAAAUAAUGGGCUUCAAAUUGCAAAAAAUGAAGGACCCAUCACAGCAAAUUUUUAUCCCUUAGAGCGGCCGGAGACUCCACCCAGCCCACUCUCAACUAUCCCAUUCCUGCGCAAUGUAGACUUUGUGAGUCGCGACAAGCCCCUUCGCCAGAUACGCGAAAAAUGCUCAGUGCCAGGGUCGAGAAUAGCACUGGUCGGUCUUGGCGGGGUCGGAAGGAAGUCGCAACUGGCUAUCGAAUACUCUUAUCGCAUUCGGACCGAAUCGCCGGCAACGUGGGUUCUCUGGGUCCACGCAAGUAACGAAGCGCGGUUCGAGCAAAGUUUACGGGCUAUCGCAGACCAGCUGAAGAUCCCAGGCCAUCUGGAUCCCAAAGUAAAUAUAUACAAAUUGAUCGAAAAGUGGCUGUAUGAUGAGAAGAAAGGGAAAUGGAUCUGUAUCCUGGAUAAUGCCGAUGACUAUGAGUUCCUCUGUUCGCUGCCAGCAGCUGGUAAGGGAGCUCUAGCGAAACCACUUUUGGAAUAUAUCCCAAAAAGCCAAAAUGGAUCUCUUAUUAUUAUAAGCCGGAGCAGAGAGGCUACACUGAAGAUGGUCGCUGUGAGUCAUAUUAGAAAUCGAGCCCCUCGCUGUUCGGUAUCACUAUACCUUAGAGAAUUCCAAGUAAGUGACUGUAAAGCGACCAAGCUUCUAGAGAGAGAGAUAGAUUGUUUGGAUCGGGAUUGGGAAGUAAAGAACUCUAUUCUCGUGACCUGGCAAAUAUUGUUUAAUUAUAUUCGCCGGAAAAAGAAGCUUAUUCGGCCCUACUUUGAGGCCGGCGGUACCUAUACUUCAGAACUCUAUAACGGCUUGACUAAUGGAGAAAUAUCUGAAUCUGAUAUUGGACCCGAUUUCGAAGAUGAUAUCACAAUAUUAAGGGACUAUUCAUUUAUAUCUACUAACAAGACCGGGACUUCCUUUAUGAUGCAUCGACUAAUACAACUAACUACACAAGCAUGGCUAAAGUCUUAUAAGCAUAUAGACCAAUAG